CCGCUAAUGCAUCCUUGCCUAACCUACCUCUCUUCCCCCUUUACAUAUUUCACCCAAUGCCCCCGCAUCUUGAGAGUUGAGACCAAGGCUCAACACCUACGUUUGCAGCAGAGGCAGAGAGCCAGACAGAGACAAUUAGGUCUGCAUCCGUCUAAUUAACAAGAUGAAGAUGAGGAAAUCCGACAAGCUGCCUUUGCUCAUCGCCUACCUCUCCGUAUUCGCCAUUACAGCGAGGGCUCAGAGCUUCAAGUGCAGCGGCUCUACUACAAAGUGCCAAGCUCUGGCUGGCUACAUUUCGCCAAACAAGACAACCCUUGCCGACAUCCAAACCAUGUUCGGAGUUGUGAGAUUACAGCCUCUGCUGGGAGCAAACUCGCUCCCACUCAACACCACAUCGGAAUAUUCUGUUGCUGCAGGUGAGACGAUCAAAAUUCCCUUCCCUUGUACCUGCGACAAUGGUACCGGAGUCUCAGACAGGGUCCCUGUCUACAAGAUAAAAAAAAACGACGGCCUAUAUCACAUCGCUGCGGAGGUCUUUUCGGGAUUAGUGCAGUACCCACAGAUUGCGGCCGUCAAUAAUAUCUCCAAUGUGGACUUAAUCAAAGAAGGGGAUGAGCUGCGGAUUCCGCUUCCCUGCAGCUGCGAUAACGUGGACGGGCUGCAAGUCGUCCAUUAUGCACACGUCGUCGCCAACGGGAGUUCGGUGGAGCAGAUCGCCCAGAAGUUUGGGACCAGCAAUACCACGUUGCUGAGUCUCAACGGAAUCACCAAUCCCAAAGAUCUCAAAGCCGGCCAAGUUCUCGACGUUCCUCUCAGAGCUUGCGCAUCCAAGGUAAGAAAUGAUUCCUUGGACUACCCUUUAUCGGUGGCCAACGGCACUUACACCUUGACGGCCAACAAUUGCGUCCAAUGCAAGUGUGAUUCUUCCAACAAUUUUACAUUACAAUGUGAGCCAUCCUCAUCCAAAGAAAUUAAAGUCUAUGGCUGGUCUCAGUGCCCUGCUAUGCAAUGUUCAGGUCUAAACAAUUUAACUCUCGGAAACCCCACAGUUAAUUCCAGUUGUGGACGUACCGUCUGCGCUUACGCUGGAUACACCAACGCCACCAUUUUCACAGUCCUCGACUUGGAAAACACCUGUUCAUCCUCAUCGCCGUCUGGUAAUUUUGCUUCAAAGAUCAGUUCGGAAGGGUCGACUUGGAGGCUUAUUUUCAUCUCUCUUCACAUGAGCUUGCUCUGUUUUGGCCUUGUUUGGUAGUUGGGUGGAUGCCCGGUUUGCCUCUUUUUUCUCCCUGUACACAAUAAAGAACCGGAUGCUUGAUUGUAAUAUUAUUGGUUAUCUUCUUCUUUUCGUUCCAAUUUCGUGUUGAUUAGUUAAGUCAAAUUUGUAUUUUUCAUUGAAGAAUUUAAGAAGGGGUGAUGCAAGCAGGAAAAAACGGGGCGCCCCUGUUCUGACUUAUGAGUUUUGUUAA